ACGAGCUUCGCUUCUUUUCAUCCUCCCACUAUCCACAACCUGUCCUGUUUGGCCAUUCUCCCUCCCCAGGUUUUCUGAUUCCUCUGGACUUUGUUUCUAGAGAUCGAUUCUGGGCCAAUCUCUUUCACUAUCGAUUGUUACUCCCCUCACUCCCCCUCCAAACAAAUAUGGCCGCCGCUCAGUCCGCUCCUGCUGUGGAGCAGAAGGUCAAGCCUACAAAGCCCAAUGAGGAUGCCUACAAGGCUGAUCUCGCACUGGCUGAGAAGGAACAUGCUGCUAUCAAGGAAAAAUUGACCCAAAUCAAGGCCAAGAUCGAGACAGCCAAGCCCAACAACCAGGACUCGCCCGCCGCGAAGAGACAAAAGGAACUUCGUGCAGAGCUCUCUUCUAUCCGCCAGAAGCAACAAGGAUUCAAGUCCUCGAGAUCGAGCACACAGGAAAAGAUCAAUGCCUUGGAAACCACCCUCAAGGCCCGCAUUGCCGAGCAGAACAACUCCCGUACCAAGAUGUCGUUCAAGAACGUCGACGAAAUUGACCGUGAAAUCGCACGCCUUGAGAAGCAGGUCGACUCCGGCACUCUCCGCUUGGUGGAUGAGAGAAAGGCGCUCUCCGACAUCUCGACCAUGCGCAAGCAGCGCAAGAACUUUGCCGGCUUGGACGAGGCACAGAAGGUGAUCAACGACCUCAAGACUCAGAUCGCGACCCUCAAGAAGACUCUGGACAACCCGGAGUCUAAGGCUCUUAGCGACAAGUACUCCGAAAUCCAGAAAGAGCUGGAUGCCAUCAAGGCUGAACAGGACGGUGCUUUCAAGAACCUCAAUGCUCUGAGAGAUGAGCGCACCAAGCUCCACGGCGAGCAGCAGACCAAGUACACUGCUAUUCGCGAGAUCAAGGACACUUACUACAAGUCCCGCAAGGCCUACAAGGAGUACGAGGACGAGGCCUGGAGGAUCCGCCGUGAGAAGCAGAAGGCUGAGCGUGAGGCUUUUGACCGCGAAAAGAAAAAGAAGGUCGCAGACAAGAAGUUGGAGGAAGCUUCUCGUCUCGCAUACACCGACGAGAUUAUCACCGCCCAGGGACUCAUUCGCCAUUUCAAUCCCGCUUACGACUUCUCCACCCUUGGUCUGGACAGCAAGAAGGACGAGGGUGCCAACUUCCGCGCUGAUGUUGGCCGUACCAUUGAUGACGCCGGCAUCAAGGGUGUGAAGGUUCUCAAGAAGGAGGACCGCGAAGAGGACUACUUCAGUGGUAAUGGCGGCAAGAAGGGUAAGAAGGGCAAGAAGGGCAACACCAACGCCAAAAACGAUGAGGGAACCAAGUUCAACCUCAACGUUGGUAUCAUUGAGGAGUUCGCUCAGGUUAAGAUUGAUCCCCCUAUGACCCAGUCCGAGGUGCCUGCUGUCGUGGAGAAGCUUGCCGCCAAAAUAACUGAGUGGAAGGGUAGCCAGGCUACCAAGACAGAAGAGAACAUCAAGAAGGCCAAGGAGGAGAUCGCUCGUUUGGACGAAGAGGCCGCCAAGGCCGACCAGCGCUCGACUGACACCGCCAAGAAGCCCGCCAUCGAGAAUAAUGGCGUUGAUGGCAGCGUGUCUGCCGAUGCUGAGCUCAAGCAGGAGAAGGAUGCUGCUGCUGACGUUUCUGAAGAACUUCAGAAGGCCUCGAUUGAGGACAAGGCAUAGAGGAUACACCACUGAUAGAGAUCCUUUACAUGCAUGUGCCCUUGCAUAUUUGCUUGCAUUAUUACAUGCAUUGAGCAAGCUUUGGGCUUACUGGACCCUUUUCCAGUCUUACAUUUUUUUUAUUUCUUUGUGGUUUGUUUUAUUUCUGCAUGUGCAUCAUUUGAGAUAUUUCCUUUUAGUUUUGCAGACUACGGUCCUCUCCAGUUUUGCCUUAUGAAGAAGCCAUGGGCGUUAGUGAUUUCUAUAUUCCUUCCUUCCCCUCUUCAUCGUCUCCCCCCUCCCUUUUUCUUCUACGUCGUUGGGGUCAUGUCUUGCUGAUGCCUUCGGGGUCGUCGACAUGGCCUCGUUGCUUAUUUUUAUUUUUUCUUUAUUUCUUCUGUAAUCAAGUUUUCUUCCGGUCUCUUUCACCGAAUGUUUAUGCAUGAUGGCCUCCCAAAAAA